AUGCUGGGUGCCCUUGUACUGUCGUUGCCAUCGGCGGCCGUGCAGCAGCUGAAUGAUGAGACGUUCGAGCACCAAACGCAGGCAUCUACCGGCAUGACAACGGGGAGCUGGCUCGUGACGUUCGGCUCGAACGGCUGCGGCAGCUGCGACAGAUUUCGUGAGGCCUUAGAUUCCGUGGAAGAGGAACUCCGAGACAUGUACGUGAUUCCCGCCCACGUAGACAAAGUGGACAGCGCAGGUCUAUGGAAACGAUUUGGCAUCAGCGAGGUGCCCGCGACACUGCUCUUUGCAAAGCACAAGCUCUAUCGCUACACGGGGGCUCAGGACGGACAGGACCUUUUAGCUUUCGCUCGGGCUGCCCUGGAAGGGCAGCUGAGCGCUGCCGAGAUUCCGCCGCCGCCGAGCUUGCUGCAGAUCGUGUUGGACAAGGUCAAGAGCAUCUUCGGGGCUGGAGAGCUGUGA